GAAACUAAUGAACAUCGCGGAGUUGUGUUGAGUGGCAGCUGCGAGCGGUAAUGGAUAACUGUACUGGUCAUUCACACUUUUUAUUGAGCGCUUUCUUAUUGACAUGUUUAUUUGGGCUAUCGCUCGGGACGGAACUGAGCUUUGUGACUUGCGGCUCUGUUGUAAAGCUGUUAAAUGUAAAGCACAAUGUCAGACUGCACUCUCACGACGUGCGCUACGGCUCCGGCAGCGGGCAGCAGUCAGUAACAGGCGUGACCACGGUGGAGGACAGUAACAGCUACUGGAGUGUACGGGGCACCAGCGGGGCCCAGUGUCACCGGGGGACUCCUAUUAAGUGUGGUCAGACCAUCCGCCUCACACAUGUCAACACUGGACGCAACCUGCACAGCCACUACUUCUCCUCUCCGCUUUCCUCCAACCAGGAGGUGAGUGCGUUUGGUGAGGAGGGCGAGGGGGACCACCUGGAUGAGUGGACGGUGCAGUGUGGAGGGGCGGUGUGGCAGCGCGAGGAGGCUGUCCGCUUCCAGCACGCCUCCACCGAUGCGUUACUAUCGAUUACGGGGGAGCAGUACGGCCGGCCCAUCCAUGGGCAGAGGGAAGUGCACGCCAUGAUGGGCCCCAGCCAGCACAGCCUGUGGAGGGCCAUGGAGGGGGUUUAUAUGAAGCCCAGUGAAAGCCCACUAGGGAACAAGGACUACAGCCAUCCUCUACACACAGAGUUCUGAUUCAAUCGGUCUACAGCCAUCCUCUACACACAGACUGACUACAGCCAUCCUCUACACACAGACUGACUACAGCCAUCCUCUACACACAGACUGACUACAGCCAUCCUCUACACACAGACUGACUACAGCCAUCCUCUACACACAGACUGACUACAGCCAUCCUCUACACAAUAGUUUUGAUUAUCAAUCAACCUGACCUGGCUCUAUAUACCAUUUUCUUCCCUGUUGUCUCUCUCUCUCGCCCCCCCCCCCCAAACACCCUCACGCACAGUGGAUCUCAUCUGGGGGUUGCCAGGACAACUACAGAACUCUUUGACCAAUCUCUGUCACCUGACCUCAUCAACAGAGAGUAUUUGAUACACUAAACGAAUGCUGCUACAAGAUGUAGUAAAUACUAUUUUCUAUUUCCCCUCCACACGCCUCCUCCCGACGUGGUACUCUCCCCUCCACACGCCUCCUCCCGACGUGGUACUCUCCCCUCCACACGCCUCCUCCCGACGCGGUACCCUCCCCUCCUCCCGACGCGGUACCCUCCCCUCCUCCCGACGCGGUACCCUCCCCUCCUCCCGACGCGGUACCCUCCCCUCCUCCCGACGCGGUACCCUCCCCUCCUCCCGACGCGGUACUCUCCCCUACUCUCGACGCGGUACUCUCCCCUCCUCGGUACUCUCGACGCGGUACUCUCCCCUCCUCCCGACGUGGUACUCUCCCCUCCACACGCCUCCUCCCGACGUGGUACUCUCCCCUCCACACGCCUCCUCCCGACGUGGUACUCUCCCCUCCUCCCGACGUGGUACUCCAACAUAGACAUGCAAAGAUAUGUGAGACACCAGAACAAAAACAGCUAGUGAUUGUAUUGUUCUGUAUGUCAGAGGUGCUACAUAGCCAUUUUGCUAGAGCCUCUAAGAUGGUGCGCGGCCCCGUGUCUGACUGGUUAUAGGAUAGGGUAAAUAUGACUUCAUUGGUCUCCUGAUAUGAUCAACAACAGACUACGGUCCAUAUCAAUUCUGCAGGUUUGUGUUGAUUGUGCACAGAAACGCUAAAUGGAGGCCAGUGGGAAGAGUGUUUAUUUUAAAAAAAACAAGUCUUGUGCAUCUGCAAACAUACGAAAAACAACCAGCCUUGUUACGGUGCCUUUUAUUACAUUAUCGAUUUCCCUCUACUAUUCAAACAAGUGUUGUAUCAAUAAAGAGGAGCAAUUUGAACCGUUUUAAAGAAACAUUUGAAUCCUAGCACACUGCCUAUCCCCACAAUUCUCUUCUUUACCAUGAACGAGUAGGGUUUCUUUGUUUGACUUGAUUUCAGUUUAAGUCCAUACAGUAUUACAUAUCCCUUCCAGUGACUAAGCUGAAACAUGAAGUGUACCAUAAUUCUCUGUCCACUACAGUAUUAUAUCACAGUAAGUGUUAAGGAGUAGAUUCCAUUCAGGAAAUUCAUAACCUGAAUCAUAAUUCCAAUUGAGGAACGGAAAGGAACGUCCCCCGUUGAAAAUGCAAGGCACUUUUUGAGUCUAGAAUUUCUCAAUUCACCUUCUAGAACUAACCUAAUUGGAUUGGAUUUGACCCCAGCCACGCUGUCAUUGUCCCAGGGGUUGACAGCUACAGCCUGUCUGGUCUGACGUGGGUCUUACAAAGUGUUUUAUAUCAGCUGUCUGUGUGUUCAUUUCAACACAAAGAUUUGUUUUCACAAGACUUGUACAUGAUUGUAAUAGAUACCUCAGAUUAAAUGGGUGUUUUGUGCUAA